UGCAGUGAGGGUAACCAGCCGAUCCGCCCCGCCCCCGGUGUGAGCGCGGUGCUUUCCUUUCGGGCGGUCCUGCCGGCUUCCUUUUCCGGACCGGCAGGCGGUCGGCACCGGCGUUGCCUUCUCUGCCCCGCACCCUGAGCCGCUGCAGCCCUCCAUGGCGAGCCUGGCGGGUCGGAGGAGCCGGGCGGCGCUCGGGCUCUGCGCCACAGUUAUUUUACUUGAUAUGGCUUUUUGUAAAGGAUUUGUAGAAGAUUUAGAUGAAUCGUUUAAAGACAAUCGAAAAGAUGACAUUUGGCUUGUAGAUUUUUAUGCACCAUGGUGUGGCCAUUGUAAAAAACUGGAACCAAUUUGGAAUGAAGUUGGCCUUGAGAUGAAAAGCAUUGGUUCUCCAGUUAAAGUUGGAAAGAUGGAUGCUACUUCCUAUUCUAGCAUUGCUUCAGAGUUUGGAGUUCGAGGUUAUCCAACAAUUAAGCUAUUAAAGGGGGACUUGGCAUAUAAUUACAGAGGACCACGAACAAAAGAUGAUAUUAUUGAAUUUGCUCACAGAGUAUCUGGGGCUCUAAUUCGGCCACUUCCAAGUCAGCAGAUGUUUGAACAUGUGCAGAAGAGACAUCGUGUAUUUUUUGUUUAUAUAGGUGGAGAAUCACCUUUGAAAGAGAAAUACAUAGAUGCUGCUUCAGAAUUGAUUGUAUAUACAUACUUCUUUUCUGCCUCAGAAGAAGUAGUUCCUGAGUAUGUGACCCUAAAAGAGAUGCCUGCUGUGCUCGUUUUCAAAGAUGAAACUUACUUUGUAUAUGAUGAGUAUGAAGAUGGUGACCUGUCAGCAUGGAUUAACAGGGAGAGGUUUCAGAAUUACCUUACUAUGGAUGGCUUCCUCUUGUAUGAACUUGGAGACACAGGAAAGCUUGUGGCUAUUGCAGUUAUUGAUGAGAAAAAUACAUCUGUUGAACAUACCAGAUUAAAGUCAAUUAUUCAGGAAGUUGCUAGAGAUUAUAGAGACCACUUCCAUAGGGAUUUUCAGUUUGGCCACAUGGAUGGAAGUGACUACAUCAAUACCUUACUGAUGGAUGAAUUGACAGUCCCAACUGUAGUUGUACUGAAUACAUCAAACCAACAAUACUUUUUGCUAGAUAGACAGAUUUCAGAUGCCAAAGACAUGGUCCAGUUCAUUAAUAACGUUUUGGAUGGCACAGUAGAAGCCCAAGGAGGUGAUAGCAUUUUGCAGAGAUUGAAAAGAAUAGUAUUUGAUGCCAAGUCUACUAUUGUGUCUAUAUUCAAGAGCUCGCCACUUAUGGGCUGCUUUCUCUUUGGUCUGCCACUGGGUGUCAUCAGUAUCAUGUGCUAUGGAAUCUACACAGCUGACACAGAUGGAGGUUAUAUAGAAGAGCGAUAUGAAGUGUCUAAAAGUGAAUUGGAAAGCCAAGAACAGGCAGAGGAGAGCACAGAGCAAGAGCCAAGCGGGGGAGGUUCUCUAGCACCUACUGCGCAAGAGCCCAAGGAUGUAUUAGAAAAGAAGAAAGACUGAGACUUUACAAGUAUAAAACAUUUGAUAGAAUUUCAAAUUAUUAAAGAGACUAUUUAUUGAAUAUAGAGAUUCAAUCAUGAUCUUUACAGAAGAGAACAUGUUAUUUGUAUUUUGCUAAUAUCAAUUGCAUGGAUUUAAAUAGUCCUACAAAGGGGAGAUAUUUGGAGUAAAGAAAGGAACAGUUUAUCUAAAACAGAAUCAAAUCACUCCAUCAGAGUUUACCUUAUAGAUAUUGUUAUAAUAUGUCAGUUUUAUUUGCAUGUUUCUCUAUCUGAAUAUUCUGUGACAAAGUUAACAUUCUUGGACAGAAUAUUUAAGUUGGUCAUUCAGGUAGAAGAUACAUGUUUGAUAGAGAAAAAAACAACACAUCUACCUACUGCUAUCCAUUCUCAUAUAUUUUGCAUAAGGUUUAUAUGGACAAAAUUAAGUCUUCAAAAGUUAGGCACUUUAAGGAAAACUAAUAACUUUUUUCCAUAUAUGAAAUUAAGAUUACAAUGUUAAAAAAAUAAUGUGGUUUUAUAUAUAGCAUAGUGAUUUUAUUUUAUUAGUUAUUUUUAAAGGAGAGGAAAUGUUACUUUUUAACUUUGUACUUGGUUCCAUUAUUAUAAAAUUUUCAUAUGAGCCUGUAUAGUGUGUGGGGGGGGUAGUUUUGUGAUUGACCUUUACAAAAUAACCAGGUUGUGCAGGGAGUAGUGACUUCAGCCCCUUCCUGGGAAAGUUCUUUAACCAGGUGUCUUCAUCAGUCAUUUCAGGAAGGUAAGGGGCUGUGUUAAUCCUACCUUGCUUUAGCUUUAGACAAAGCAGUGUAGGAUUUUAUUCUUUUUUAUUUUGUAUAUUGAAAUUUCUUCUAAAAUUUUCUUUGAUUAAAAAAUCUGGCUUUUGAAAAGUAAUAUAUAUCAAAUUUUUGUUUGUGGUAAGUUAACUUUAUAGAAAUUUAUAAUCCAAAUUAUCACACAUCUAUUAUGUAAUGCCAUUAUGAGCAUAUGUUCAUAAUGAGUUAUGAGUGACAUAAUUAGCAUGUCAAGCAGCAUGUCACACCCAGUGAGGAAAAAAGAGGUGGCUGGUUACCUUCUCUGUUUUCUGAAUUCUGUCAUCCAUUUCAGUGAGGAUCUCUAAUCUCAUUUAUAAUGAAACAGUGUAAGAAUUCUAACACAAGUUACAUUGAAAAAUUUGGUAUUUUUCAAUAAUAGUUUGAUAUGCUUAUUGUGAAUUAUUUUUGAGGCCUUCAUUUUACGUAAGUUUGAAAUUUUUAUUAGGUAACUUAUUUAACUAGUUAUUCUUUAAUUUUAUUUUCCAUUGUAAAGAUUUAUUGAACAUUUAAAAAUGUUUAAUCAUUUUUAAAAUUUGUAAUUUAUGGUCCUGACACUGAAGUUAUUUUGGGCUUUGCCGGAGGGCAGCUUUUGGUUGUUUCUGAUGUCAUACUGAUCAGGACUAACUGAAACUAUGGAAUUACAAAUAAUUGUUUUGUUGUGUUCGUGUGUUCUUUUAGUAUGUAGUAAAUAUCCACCCUUAAUUAACUUUUUUCAUAAUGAAAAAGUAUGUAGUCAGAGGGAAUUUCAGGAAAUACUAGAAUGAAAUGUUCUCAAAUAGAAACUGGACAUAAAUGUUACUCAAAAAGUAGAUUCCUCUGCAUAGAAUUAAGAGGGGUUUCUUUGGGAAGAUAGAUAUUAAUGUUCCCAAUGAUAAAGCUGGUUUUGCAGUAGUAAGAAACUUAGAUAAGUAUAGAUGCCUCAUUUCAGACUCAGUAAAGAAGUGAAAUGAAGAAAUAGUUGACAAAGUGUCAUUGAUCUUUUUUUCUUUCAUGUUCAUCACUAUUAAUUGUUAGCUUGCAUAUUUUUCUCUUAUUAGUGAUUGCCCAUGAAGAACACCUCUGUAGGAAAAAGGGUACAGUUCAGUGAUCAUCCUUUGUAUUCUAUGACAUGGUCCUUCAUGCAUGGAUGCCUUAGUUCUGUUAUCCUUUGCACAAUUCUGUGCCAUUGCCUCAUGUUCUCUUGGCAAUUUUUGAGGGUGUUUAUUGGGAAAACAAAAUGUAUAGGUUGUUUGAUAAAUGAAUGAUUUUUAUUUCUUUUUAUAUUAAAAUUUUGCUUUUUACUUGUUUCUGUUUUUGGAAUAUUAUUUGCUUUGUCAGAUUCCUUACCAAAAAAAAAAAAAAAAAUCUUUUAAUUGGCUCACUUGUGUGUUUUUCCCUUCAGUGUGAUAAUCAGAGUCUUACUCUGAAUGCUGUUUUCAUUUUAGGAAAAGUUACUUCAAAAUAAAGGUAUAUCUCUUAAUCAUUAAGUCUGGGAGACAGUUAUGAUUCAGUUGAUGAAUUACAUGAUUACAUAUCCAUAAUAGAAUCCUUGAGGAAACUGGAGUGCCACUUCCUCUUUUGGUUGCCACAAAGUUCCAUAUCUAUUUUCUGAAAUUCAGAAUCCUAGAUCCUUGCUAUUGAAUCCGGUACUUGAACAUUACCAGUAUUUCAGAGAGAGAGUGCAUGUUUUUUGUCACGUACACUGUGUACCCCAUGACAGCUUGCGCCUUUUUUUUUUUCACUGUGUGCAUCAGUAUUUCUUUGGCUACUGUUGGAAACUUGUUUGAAGGGUAUUGAAUCUGGAAUUUUUAUUCUUCCUCAAACACUGUGUUUCCUGGGAUCUGAUUUAAAAUAACAUUAAGAUGCCAAAUGUUUUAAGGUUGAAGGAAAGGUGUAUGUGAGUGUUUAAACAGCUGUUUGGUGAAAUUUUUUGUUAAUGAUGUUCCUUGUGUUUUGAUUUGGUUUGAUUUUGUAAAAAGUAUUAUAAACAAUUUCAUCAUUGUUCCAUAUGACUAGGAGGAAGGACAGGAAAAUCACUCAGCUAUUCUUAUUUAGCAAAACUUGUUGAAAUAAACCAGUGUGAGAUAUUACAACUAUCAGUUAAUGGAUAGGGUUAGGUUUGCCAUUUUAUUUUUAUAAAUAUAUAUUUUUUCUGAAUGUGUGAGUCCAAGAGUGGACAAAAAAAUACUUUUCUACUUUGGACUAACCUAUGGUGGUUUUUGAAAGUCUGUAUUACUAACUUGUUGAAUUCAUGAUACCUUGCCUUAUGGCACCAGUUGUAGACAUUUGUUUUUCUAAAAUAAAGUAAUUCAAAACAUAAUUGUCAGUUAUUUUUAC